AUGAUUGAAACAGCCAUUUAUGGCAAGACGGUGGAUGACCAAUCUCGGUGUGUCCACUGGCACCUCCCAAAGGAUGUAAUUGCCAUCAAGUUUAAAUGCUGUGAUAGGUACUAUGCGUGUUUUGAAUGUCACCAGGAGCUGAAUUCUCAUCCAAUAGAAAGAUACGACCUCCGUGACGAUGCAAAUAAAUACUUGAUUAUUUGCGGAGUUUGCCGUCACGAAAUGACGUUCGCAGAGUACCAUGACAACAACUCAAACCUUAUUUGCCCCAGCUGCGCAUCUCCUUUUAAUCCAGGCUGUAAACUGCACUACCAUUUGUAUUUCCGGAACCCCCCCUCUGUUAUGUGUUGA